CCCGCGGGCGGUGGGGACGGCGCCCACACCGCGAGUCACUUGUCAGCCCUUGUCUGAGGCGGAGGCAGCGCCGCGCCGCGCCGGACCCGAGCAUAUUUCAUUUUCUGUCAUUGGACUUUGAGCCAUUAGAACCAUGAGCAACUACAGUGUGUCACUGGUUGGCCCAGCUCCUUGGGGUUUCCGGCUGCAAGGCGGCAAGGAUUUCAACAUGCCUCUGACAAUCUCUAGUCUAAAAGAUGGCGGCAAGGCAGCCCAGGCAAAUGUAAGAAUAGGCGAUGUGGUUCUCAGCAUUGAUGGAAUAAGUGCACAAGGAAUGACUCAUCUUGAAGCCCAGAAUAAGAUUAAGGGUUGUACAGGCUCUUUGAAUAUGACUCUGCAAAGAGCAUCUGCUACACCCAAGCCUGAGCCGGUUCCUGUUCAAAAGGGAGAACCUAAAGAAGUAGUUAAACCUGUGCCCAUUACAUCUCCUGCUGUGUCCAAAGUCACUUCCACAAACAACAUGGCCUACAAUAAGGCUCCACGGCCUUUUGGUUCUGUGUCUUCACCAAAAGUCACAUCCAUCCCAUCACCAUCGUCUGCCUUCACCCCAGCCCAUGCGACCACUUCAUCACGUGCUUCCCCUUCACCCGUGGCUGCCGUCACUCCUCCCCAGUUCGCUGCAUCUGGACUGCAUGCUAAUGCCAAUCUUAGUGCUGACCAGUCUCCAUCUGCACUGAGCGCUGGUAAAACUGCAGUUAAUGUCCCACGGCAGCCCACAGUCACCAGCGUGUGUUCCGAGACUUCUCAGGAGCUAGCAGAGGGACAGAGAAGAGGAUCCCAGGGUGACAGUAAACAGCAAAAUGGGAAAAUCCCACCUAAACGCCCACCAAGAAAACACAUUGUGGAGCGCUAUACAGAGUUUUAUCAUAUACCCACUCACAGUGAUGCCAGCAAGAAGAGACUGAUUGAGGAUACUGAAGAUUGGCGUCCAAGGACUGGAACAACUCAGUCUCGCUCUUUCCGAAUCCUUGCCCAGAUCACUGGGACUGAACAUUUGAAAGAAUCUGAAGCCGAUAAUACAAAGAAGGCAAAGGAAAAGAUACCCCUUCACGUCUUUAGUCCCAAAUACACAAAAUUACGUGACUGGCACCAUGAAGUUUCAGCACGUGCUCUUAACGUACAGUGAUUUAUGAGCCUUGCCCCCCAAGCAGCCAGCACAUACCUUUUCAUUUACUUUUUUUUUUCAACUUCAUAGCAAAAUCUGUAUUAAAUUUGCCUUAUGAAAAAUUAGAACUUUUUCUAUACUUUUCUAACAAUUUCCUAUUGUUGUGAGAAAAGGAAGAUGAACAUGUUUUGUGCUAGUUGGUAGCUCACAAAUGUAAAACCAAAAAAAAAAAAAAAAAGAAAAUUAAGGGACUAGAUCUAUUCAGUGGAUUUGUAUCUGUUUUUGUUGUUAUUAGGGUAGUAACCUUGGAAAACAAAUUAUUUUCAUAAGUUGAAUUUGGUUAGUUGGUUGGUUGAAGCAGAGGAUAAUGAGCAAAUAAUGUCCUUGUCUAAUUUGGAAAACACUUCCUUUAUGUUAUUAACAUUUCCCAAGUUACUUUUUAAGUUCAUUAUUAUGUAACAUUCAAAGUUGAUUGUAAAUUAUUCUAAAUAAGUAAAUAUAAGGAGGCAAGAAUAAACAGAGAAGACUUUAUUAAAGAAGAGUGCGUGCGUUGUAGAUUUAGGUAUCUUUUAAAGUAGGUACUAUUCAGGAUGGCUCUAUGAAGAGGAGGAGGUCCAGAUUUGGCUCCUGAAAAAGGAAAGAAGAGAAUUUUACCCCUAUUUGCAAUGGAGAAAUACAGUAUUCUUUGGUUUGGUUGGAUUUGCAAAUCCUAUUUCCUAUCAAAGGAAAUAUCUCUAGUGGAUAUUUUUAGAGUAUAGAUAAUUUCUAGGUAUUAACUAAUAAGAUACGGAAAAAAUAUAGCUUUGCUUUUUUAAAUCAGAAGAACAUAAAAUAAAUUACAAUAUGAGUGAUUAUGAGACAUCAGAGAAAUAUUUUACGUAGUGAUAUAAACUACUGUGCACUGCUGCUAUUCCUAGGAAGCUGUGUUUUGGGCAAUACAUGGAAGCUAAAUAUAUGACCAGAAAUGCUUUCUGCCUUGUAAUAUAGUGUAUUAUAUAUUAGAGCUAAAUUUAGUAAUAAAUGCAUUUUGAAGUUUGGAAAAGUAUUGUAAUAAAGUUGCCUUUAACUUAGCUUUGUACUUGUUCUGUUUCCUUGAGGCUAGACACAGUGCCAUCCAGGACUUGUUACAGUAUAACUGGGUAAAAUAAACAAUUAUCUGACAUUUCAUUUGGAAAUCAUUUUUAACUUUGUGAGGUUACUAAAAUAUGGGUAUAAAACAUGGCAGGCCAGGUGCAGUGGCUCACGCCUGUAAUCUCAGCAUUUUGGGAGGCCGAGGCGGGCAGAUCACCUGAGGUUGGGAGUUCAAGACCAGACUGACCAACAUGGAGAAACUCCAUCUCUACUAAAAAUACAAAAUUAGCCAGGCGUGGUGGCGCAUGCCUGUAAUCUCAGGUACUCGGGAGGCUGAGGCAGGAGAAUUGCUUGAACCUGGGAGGCGAAGGUUGCGGUGAGCUGAGAUUGCACCAUUGCAUUCCAGCCUGGGCAACAAGAGCGAAACUCCAUCUCUAAAUAAAUAAAUAAAUAAAUAAAUAAAACACGGUAAAGGAUCAUGUUUGGUUUUCCCCCUGAAUUAUUACAAUAUGUAGUAUCCUAUGUGAGUAACAUAAAAUCAGUUGACUAUUGUGCAACAUAGAAUUAUUAUUUGUGUGAAACUACUGCUGAAGGACCUUGCCUGCAUUCAAGGGUCUAUUUUUAUUUUUCCAGGUAUUCUUUCACAUUAGUGACAUAAUAGUCUGGUACAACUGCUUGAUAAUUUGGAGAAACUAACAUUAAUUUUAGAUAGUGACUGAUAAAAUUUGGCCUACCAAAUGCGUUUUAAAAAUAAUUCUAGGAUUUAUCCAUGCUCAUUUCUAGUAUACCUCAUGAUAUAUAAGACAUCUUUCUUUUGUCAUAUCAGUUCUUCUUCAGAUACUAAGACAGAGGUCCUGCCUGCUUGUGUUUUUAUGAUGCUGACAUCAAUCCCAGUUAUAACUGUGUCUCUGGCCUCUGUAAGAAAAUCUACUUUCUUAGACCAGGCUUUCCUAUACCCAGUAAUUCUUCCAGGAUCCCAAAAGAUGAUGUCUGAGAGACGAUGGAAUUAAAGCCUCAUAAAAAUAAAUGGUGUGGUAGAGUAAACAUGGUAUUUUCCACCAAGAAUCCAAUUUCUAGAAUAACUACAGAGUUGACAGAAAGAAGACUCAAAAGAAUUUUAGGUAAAUGGGAAAAAUUUUCCCUAAUACAGACAAGAGAAAGUGUAUAGAGUACAACUUAAAACAGAUGUAGUUAAAAUAAAAAUUUAAUACCUUGCUUAAUUAAAAAUGAAGUAUUUAGUGUUUCAUUAAAAGCAUAGACUUAGAUAAAUGGAAUGAUCCAUACUUGAGUAUGAGGAUAAAUAUUCAGCUAGGAUCAUAAAAGACAUUCCAUUUGACCCUGUCAGAAGAUGAAUUCCUGAGCUCAGUGAAUCUCCUGGGACAUUUUAUAUUCCUAGCUUAAAUGCUAGCCAAAAAUUGUAAAAGCUUCUUGCAAAAAUAUUAUUGUAAAUCUAGUGACCUAAUUUAUGACUUGUUUUUGUUUGUCUUUCUUAUACAGACUUUCUUCAUUAUAGGCUUGUUUUUAAAGUGAAAUUGGGAAGUUGCUCUUAAGAAUGUUUUCAACAUUUCUUUCUUUCUUUCUUUGUUUUUUUAAAUUUGAGACAGAAUUGUGCUCUGUCACCCAGGCUGGAGUGCGAUGGCACGGUAUUGGCUUACUGCAACCUCCACCUCCCAGGUUUGAGUGAUUCUCCUGCCUCAGCCUCCUGAGUAGCUGGGAUUACAGGUGUGUACCACCAUGCCCAGCUAAUUUUCAUAUUUUCUUUUAGUAGAGACAGAGUUUCACCAUGUUGGCCAGGCUGGUCUCGAACUCCUGACCUCCAGUUAUCCGCCUGCCUCAGCCUCCCAAAGUGCUAGGAUUACAGACGUGAGCCACCAUGCCUGGCCUCAACAUUUUCUUCUGACAGUGUUUUAUUCAGAAGACUGUCUCACACAUGGUCCAAUGUAUUUUUGUUACCUCAAAAAUUACAGUAUUUGUGGAAACAAAAGCAUUCUUUCGUGCAUCAUUGUGCCCUUUAGGAAGGCUCAGAUAUAUAGACAUCUUAGAGUUUAUUUAAUACAAAUUGUGGUAUUAGGACACAGAGUAGCAGUUCCUUCUUUUUUUCAAAAUUAUUCAAAAAUAUAGAAUGAAUUGAUUUUCCCUCCAGAUAUGUAAUUUCGUAGUUAUUGUGUUUCUGAUGUGUAUUUAAAAUCAUAUAAAUCGUAAAUAUUUACUCAUUGCCAGCAUUCAUUCUUUCAAAUGCAUAAUUGCUGUAUAUGUAAAUGCCAGGCACUAAUCAAUGUACUAGGGAUACAGUAAUGAAUAACAGAUAAAUGUAUAAGCAAGAUGAUCUGAGGUGAUUGUGUUACCAAGAUAAUAAGUUAAUAUAAAAUAAGUUUGGCUUAGUCAGGGAAGGAUUACUUUAGAUUAUGUGGACCUCUGAGGAGACGAUGUUAAUUCCAGCAGCUGGGAGUGGAAAAGGAGUCAGCCGUGUGAUGACUUGAGGGUGGGGAGACAAGUGUGGAAAGGAGCAUGGCAAGAACACAGAACAGAAAGGUCAGUGUGGCUGGAGUCCAGGCUAGGUGGGGAAGCGUGCUAGAAAAACAGAACUCCUGUACAUAGACAAAACACUUAUAUUCCCAUUCCUAUCCAUAGCAUUUUAAAUGGGAAAUUAUUAUAUCAUAUCUAACUGCUUGCAAAUAAAAUUAGAAAAUGAAGAAGCAAGGAGGUUAGUCAGGCUGCUAAUUGCAGUGCGCUCACCUAGUUGGUACCAGCCCUGAUUAUUAACAAUUUAAUAUUUUUCCUGUUGAGACCCAAUGAAGACCUAGAAAAGAGAGGCAUAAAUAUAUGUUGGUAACAUGUAUGUAGGGAACACAAACAGAAUAUCCUGCAGAGCAUACAUAAAACCAUACAGAAAAUACGAAAACAGUUUGGUGUGUUACAUUUGACUUAUGAUGGUCUUCACAAUAGUGAUGAAUUUGAGGAUUUAGUCUUCUCUGUAAAAUCUUGGCUAGAACUGUCUGGACACUUUGCUUUUGUUUAUCCCAUUCCAGAAAAUUCCUUAAACCAAGUAAAUAAUUUCUUUGCACAUUCUUUCCAAAAUAGGGAUCAUAGCAUUUUUUUCUUGGUUAGAAGUAGUAAGAAGCAGCAAGUGAUAAAUUCUGGGUUUUAGACUGAGAUUUGUAACUCACUGAUUACUUUCUGCCCCCAAGUUUCCACUUCUUUAAAAUAUGGAGUUGGAAUCUGUGGUGGACACUGUGCUGCCCACUCAGAUACCACUUCAGUGGAGGACUUGAUACCUCUGCUGAUGGGAGUGUCAUAGGCAGACAGCCUUCAUGUGCCAGCCCCUUCACAAAUCACCUCAGCUGCAGACAGUCCCUCUUCAAGACCCUAGGCUUGGUGGUGCUGCCCACAUGCAGUGAACUAAUUGAUAAGUGGGAAGAGAGGGAAGUAAAAAACCUGGUUAUUUCAUCCCAAUUAAGACCAACUUGGAGGGACCAUUCUAGCUCCUGAGCUGCUGUGGUGUCAGCUGAGGCUGUCCUAAGUUUUGUUUGGCAACUCCACCUCUUCUGCCCACUCCUGCUUCCUUUUCUGUCCUUUCCCCUUCACGGUUGUUGACCCUAGAGGCAUUUCUUAAUAAGCAUCUUGCAUGCUAAGCGCUAAGCUCUGCUCUCUGGAGAACCUGAUCUGCAAAACAAUCAUAUUUUUGUAGACCCCAGUUUAGACCUCAGUUGCACAGGUUCUCUUUUAUUCAUCUUCUCAUCACUUUCUUUGCCUUGGUCACUUGUCAUCUUUUCUCCUUAAAUCUUCAACCCAGAUCACAAACACAGCAUUUAGAAGUCUUCAAAGUAAAAGAUCAGUUAAGGGAGGACUGAAAGGCAUGUGGAAGUCAAAAGGAACAUGCAUUUACUUAAUUUUUUUGCCUUAAAUUAAGAAUGUUUAUUUGUUGACUUCAUCACAGGCAGCCUAAGAGUAAUGAGCAAGCAAAUGUAUUUAGAAAUCAAAUAUAAUCAGAGAUAUGUGAAUGAAGCAAUGAAAUGAGAAGCUUCAAAAUGGGAAAUUAGGAUUACUGAGUAAAUGUAAUAAACACUUAAAACAGGAAAGCAGUACUUAGAAUAUUAUGAUUUUGCGUGUUAUAGUCUUCCAUAUAUAGCAUUUGGAAUCUUAUGUGUUAGCCACUUAAUUUCACUUAAUAAAUUUUGUUUGAACACAUCUGUUUUCUUCACAUCCUUAAAAGUUUGCUCCUAGUUCUCUCCUGGGGAGAUUCUGUUGCUGAGUAGCCUUUGGAAAUGUGUAAGCUAAUGUACAGAUAUUAAAAGGAAGGAGGAUGCUAAAUAUCUUGCAAUGCACUGAAGAAUCCCACAGACUGAAGAAUCAUCCAGCCCAAUAUGCCAGUUGUGUGCUACUGAGAAUGACUGCACUGAGUGUAAAUAUUCCCUUUUCCAAGUUUUGUUUUGUUUUGUUUUGUUUUGUUUUUUGAGACAGAGUCUCACUUUGUCACCCAGGCUAGAAGUUCAGUGGCGCCAUCAUGGCUCACCGCACCUCGACCUCCCAGGCUCAAGUGAUCCUCCCACCUCAGCCUCCCAAGUAGCUGGAACUACAGGCACACACCACCACACCUGGCUAAUUUUUUGUAGAGGCAGGAUUUCGCCAGGUUUCCCAGGCUGGUCUCGAACUCUUGGCAAUCUGCCUGCCUCAGCCUCCCAAAGUCCUGGGAUCGUAGGUGUGAGCCAUUGCGUCUGGCCUAGAUUUUCUUAUUCCUUCCCACAAUCAUACAUUCUCACCUACAGAGUGCCCUCUCCACUGCCCCACCCCACAGUAGAAAUAAUCUUGUCACCUCUGAACUUAUAUGCUACAUAAUUUUUACCUCUCAUUUGACACUUGCUUUUCUAAUUUGUCUUAUGGAUAUUUGUCUACAUAUCUUGAGUUUCCAACUAAAGUUUGAGCUCUUUAAAAACAAGAGUCUUAGUGUAAUAGUAUAAAUUGGAAGGAAAAGGCAUUCUAGUAGUCAUUGUAUUUCUUCCUGGAUGCAACUGUAGCUGUGUAAGUAAAGGCCUAGCUAUUCAAUGAAAUGACUAAUCUUGAAGGUGGUUGUUAAGAUUAUAAAAUUCAUCUCUGGUGCACUGUUUCUUCAGUUAGAAAUAUACUGUUUUCAGUCAGUUUAGGCUGCCACAAGAUACACAGACUGGUUAGGUGGGACAGUAGAAACUUAUUAUCUUAUAGUUCUGGAGACUGUAAGUUCUAGGUCAAGGUGCCAGCAGGAUUGGUGUCUGUUGAGGCCUUUCCUCACGGUUGUAUAUGGCCACUAUCUCACUGUGUCUCCUCACGUGGCUUUUUCUCUGUGGGGGCACAGAGAAAGAGUGAAGGCUCUGGGGUCUCUUCUUCUCAUGAAAGCUCUGGGGUCUCUUCUUCUCAUGAGAAUAUCAGUUCUAUUGGGUCAGGGUUCCACCCUUAUGACUUCAUUUAACCUUAAUUACCUCUUUAAAGGACCUAUCUCCAAAUAGUCACAUUGGGGGUUAGGGCUUCACCAUAUGAAUAAUGGAAGGAUACAGUUCGAUCCAUAACAUACACUGUCUUUGUAUACUAAUCCUCAUUUUGACAGAUUAUCAUUUAAGAAAAAGUUAUUCUUAAGUAGAAUCAUUGACUUGGACCCAAUUGGAAGCAUUGUUGUCACCUCUCUUUUGGUGCUUCCUUUUUACCUUUGAAUGACAGGUAUCUGUCUCCAUGUUCUCUUUCCUCAACUAGAGUAUAAGCCCUUUGAAUGUAAGAAUUUUAGUAUGCCCCACCAUGUUUGGUACUAAAAGUUACUAAUUAUAUAUAAUUGCAUAUUUUUCCAAUUCUCUAAUUUUAGGGAAAUAGUUUACAGCAUGGCACACACUAUUUCUAAUGGAAUAUGAGUUCGAUAUAAAUAUCAAGACAUUAAAAUAUCAAAACAUUAAUACCUAUAUUGAAAGUAAAGUGAAACCCUACCUAAGUCACUUGAAAGGGGAAUUGUACUUUGUUGGAGUAAUCUAAUUGCCAAAAGUUGACACUUUUUUCUUGAUAUUUUCUGUUUGUUAAUUAGUGUAUUUUCUGUUUGUUAAUUAGUGAAAGACUUUUUUUCAUUAAAUGAACAUUUGUUUUUUAAUGUCUUCCUUUGUGUUUUUGGUGUGUUUCAACAUGAAGAGCUUGGUGAUUCCCAUGAGGAGAGAAUAACAAUUUUAGAAAUAGGUAUAUGAGAUGCUUAGUGCUCCGAAUAGAAAUACCAAUAGAGAAAAUUUUAUCAUUAAUAAGGAAAUGUUUAAAUUUAAGAAUCUAAUCUACAACAUUGAUUUAAAAGAGGCAACAGCCAUCUUAUCAGUAACUAUUAAUAAUAGAAAGUUGUUAAUAAUAUAUGGCCUACCAGAAUAGAGAAUUAUGGGAGACCAUAGAAAAUUUUAUUUAGAGAUAAUUAUGUUACACAUGCACACACACACACACACGUUUAUGCCGAAAAAUCAUAUUGUCAAAGUAUAUUUAAGUUAAAAAAUGUUUUUCUUGAUCUCACCAUCUUCUCAUUUUCUACUAUAUUAUAAUAAUAUCAAUCUAUGUAGUUUCAAAUUUUUAAUGUUAUAUAUAAGUAUAAAGUGUCAUUUUAGUUUAGCAAAAGGGUAUCUAAAAUAAUGAUCAAAACAUAUUUUUAUCAGUCUUUUCUUUAUCUCCCUUGCUUAAAGAAUGAUGGGUUCUGAUUUUUCACAUAUUUAUUAUGGUUGUAUUAGUCUGUUCUCAUAUUGCUAUAAAGAACUACCUGAGACUGAGUAAUUUAUGAGGAAGCAGUUUAAUUGACUCAUAGUUCCACAGGCUUAACAGGAAUCAUGGUUGGGAGUCCUCAGGAAACUUACAAUCAUGGUGGAAAGUGAAGGGGAAGCUGGUACAUCUUCACAAUGGUGGAGCAGGAGAGAGAGAGAAGGGGGAGGUGCCACACACUUUUAAGCAACCAGAUCUCAUGAUAACAAACUCACUGUCGCAAGAACAGCAUGGGAAAACCACCCGAAUGAUCCAGUCACCUCCUGCCAGGUCCCUCCCUCAACACGUGGGGAUUACAAUUUGACAUGUGAUUUGGGUGGGGACACAGAGCCAAACCAUAUCGAUGGCUAAGAAUUAUAAAGUAUGAUAUGGCUUCCCAAUUGUCAAGGAAUUAAAAUGCUCAUUAGGAGAGGAGUGACUGCUUCUCCCUUUAGUAGAAAAACAAUUCAAACUCAGGUUACCAGUUACAAUACACAAACUAAAACAGUUAUGUUGAGUGGGGAAACCAUCUUCUUAUAGGCUAUCUUCUAGCACCAAAUAAUGUCCACAUGAUUUCUGGCUGAAGGCCGUCAGAAUGGAAUUUUAGCACUGGAAGAAUAGAGUUAAAAUUACUUCUUAAGGAGAAACCUAUUGCCUUCGUACAUUCAUUGAAAAUUUAGGAAGCAUAAAUUACAUAUUUCUGAACAUACUGCUUUGUAAGUUUUUUCAAAACUUUGUUGAUAUCAUUGACCCACACAAAAUAGAUUAAUGAAGAAAUAGUUUGCUGACCCAUCCCAUGUCUUCAUUAUUGCUGUAUUUCACAAACAUACUGGUGUUGUGACAUAUCCUUAUUAAGUAAGACACGUUAGUUGAAUAUAUUACCUAAAGCUGCUAUUCUUAAUAAGCUAUGCAAAGAAAGCAGGAAUUAUUCCCUAGCCUGAUAUUUGCACAUAUUUUCAUGAGAUAAGAAUUAGCAAUUGGACUUGCCCCAAAAAAUAGAACAGCAAGAUACCUUCCCACAAAAUAUGUUUGCCAACCUGUAAAAAAGACCACCUGUCAAAAAAUGGUGUAUAUGAUCAAGUAAUUUUUGUCUCUUGCAAAAUGUGGAAUAUUUGUAAUUGAUGUUUGAUUUUCUGCUGGUUGAGUAUACUGUUUUAUGCAAAUACUGUUUUGCUGACUACAAUGUAAAGGUCGCCAUCUAUUGAACAUAAGUAAUUACUACACUUCAGUUCCUUGUGAGACUAGUACUUAAAAAUUGUUGAGCCAAGAAACAUAGUUCCUCUGUAUUUUCACAUCCAAAUUGUUUAAUUCUGUUUAAUGCUGGAAAUGCCUGUUGUUGUUGUUGUUUACCAAAUUAAACUUGUACUAUUAGCACCUAUAAGGAUCUGUUAUUUAUAAAAGUCAGUGUUCGUAAUAUGCCAAGUUGGCUUUCAUAAUCCCAGAAUAUUCACCACGUUCCUUAAAGGCAGAAUUUUGUCAGACCAGUAAUCCUUCUCUUAUAAUGCUGUUUGGAUAAGUUGUUUUCCAUUUCACCUUUAGAGAAGUAAAUUACACAAUAAAAUUAUUCUAUUGAAUUAAACCAGAUAAUUAAAGAAACUUAUGUUUACUAAAACUCAGUAUUGAAGAAGACUCCUGCACUUUAGAUUUUUUUUUUUUACUUCAAAAGAAAUCACAACUUUAAAAGUUAAUUAACAGCAUUGAUAAUAGGCAGACUUCAAAAUCAUGGAAGGCUUAAUUUCUAUCUUUUGCUGUUAUUCUAUUUUAUGUAUUUCAGUCACAUUGCAGGUUUCAGAAGUCCAAGUUUUCCUACUUUUAUAUUAUGUGAAGAUUUAUUAGAAUGAUAUGAUUUUAUAAAAGAAAAUUGAACCAAUAUAUUAUAUUAUAUAGUAUAAAGCAUAUGACAGGUAUGGAUAUUUAGACAUCUUCAUUUUCCUUUUAGUCAAAUUAAAGAACUAUCUACAAAUUGCAUUUAUCUAAAAAUUAGUCUCAUGUGUCCAUGUAUUCUCUUUUGUGUUUUUCUAUUUUUGUAUCUAUUAAAGGGUAUUGUUUGAAUGCUACUCCUGUGUCCAACUCUGUAAUAGGUGUUCAUCUCACAGAUGAACUAAUUAACUACUCCCAAAGAUUCUGAAUUUGUAUCUUUGAACAGAAGAAUGUGUUAAAACUAAGGUGACAACUGUUGCGGAAUUUUCAAGUUAGUGGUACACACUUAUUUUGCCUCUUCACACACUUUAUUCUUUAUCCUGAUAUGCUAGUAAUUUAUAAGAAGAAAAAAAUUAAGAAUAAAUUUCUGAAAGAUUUUAAUGUCUUCAGGUAGCUGUAUAUCAUUGGUUAGACAGUGAGUGAACUUGAAGCUUUAAUACAGAGAAGUACCACUUAAGCAAAUUUGGUGGAAUCAAGUUUACCCUUGGCUUACAGCAGUGGAAUCACAUACUUGUUAAAAUCAGCAAAGCUCUUAGCAGGGAUGUUGGAGCAGCAUCACAGGUUAUGUUUACAAAAAGUAUACCCACCAACAGUAAAACCAAAAGUCCUUUAUAUAUGAAAGGUAAAACAAUCAGAUAACGUCUGUUCAAGGGAUAAGUAGAAAACAGAAGUGAUGUUGUCAGGGGUGAUUGUGAAACUAAUAAAUGCUCUGUGUUGAAAGAGCAAUAAAAAUAACCGAAACCCAGAGGUUUAUUUACAUCCUGGAGGGAUUUGAAGCCCUAUAUAGAAAGUGAUUCUAAAUGGUUCUCACUAGACUCUUUUUCUUAAUGACUUACAGCUCAGGGUAUGUAGAGGACUUACAGAUGAGAUUCACUGAGUACUAUCUGCAUUUGUUUCAAAUCCUGGAUGGGAAAGAAAAUAGAAGAGUGGUAAAAGGAAAAUAUAGUACGGAUUUUCAAAAAAGAAGAAAA